UCGAACAGCGAAACACCUAAAUACUUCCGGGUCGUCUCACUCAGCUAGGAACCUUCCUACAGCAAGCGGAACACUUGCGCAUCGCAGCCUCAGUCGGAAGAUUUAAGCCGUUGCACUGUGUGGUGGCCAUUUUGGCUCCAUGUGAGCUUGGGUAUUUGACAGUUAGGAUGUAGCUCUGAGUGAAGGUGACCGUGGUUCAGGUUUGGAGCUGUUAUCAUGGCUUCGUUUCGUGUUUUUAGGAGGUUUUUCUGUGCAGCAGCAGAAACAGCAGCAGCUCCUCCAGCCAGCAGAUGGGAGAGACUGAAGAACAGCAAAGCGGGUGUGUGGUGUCGCAGUCUGGCGUCCGACUACAAAGAGGCAUGUCGAGAGAUGGUCGUCGGUGCGUGGGAGCGACCAAUCAAAGCCUCGGUAUACGGCGCUCUGCUGGGCGGGGUCUGGACCUGCUUCUACACCAAACCUGACCAGUCGUCAUUUGACGCCGCUCUACUGGAGCGCUCCAACCAGCUGGGCCUGCUGUCACCGUGGAUACGUAACGCCACCUCUGACGGCCACGUUCAGAGUCUGGUGAAGCUCCGUAACGAAGGUCGGCUCCGCCACAUCAGCCUCGGGUUGCUGACGCUGGUCUACCGGGCGGAUUACGACCCGAAUGUGACGCUGUACGAGGCCCAGUGCUCCAACCUGUCGGUGCCUUGGAGGGAGCUGCCUCAGCGAGUACUGGACGUGGGCUUCGUCGGCUUCUGGUGGAUCCUGGACUUUAAGAUGAAGGAGUACGAUGUGAACGAGGAUGAGUUCAAACACCUGCCAGCACACAUGCGGCACACAUCGCCCCCUAGUGUCCAGGAGGUGGAGAAGAGCGAGAGGCUGCACAAAGAGUCGUGGUUACCGCUGAUGGUGGAGGAGGAGGAGACCAAAGUGGAGGACAGAAAGGAGGAGAUCAUCGAGGUGGAGAGUCAAACCAAGGAGGUUCAGACUCCAGCAUGAACAUGGAGGAGACUUUUUAAAUAUUCUACUGAGGAUCGUUAUUUUUCCUUUCACAACAUGCUGACUCAGCAACAAAACCUCAGACUUCUGUUUUUAACCUUCAGCUGUCCUGAAGAAAACAUGAUCCAUUCUCUCUAAAAUAAGACCUAACAGCCCUAAAAAUGAAAGGUUUAUAUUUAUUGAUAAAUGCUUUUUGCUUCACAUAAAGUGUUUAAAAAACACACUAUAAACAAUAAAUCUGUCGUUAAAUCAA